AUGAUCGAGGAAAACCAUUCAUCCUACAGGUCGGUAACUUUCAUCACAUCUGCAAGGUCCCUUUUGCCACGGAGGACACCGGGAGUCCUCCGAGUCGGAGCCCGGGCCCGGACGAGCCCUGGAACGCAAUUUCCUGCCGCAGUGCUCCUCCAGCCCCCUCCACCCUCCGCGCCGCCCCUCGCCGGCCGAGAGUCCUGCAGCUUCGGCCCCUCGCGGUCCCCGCCCCUGGCCGCCGACUCCAGGGCCCCGGCCGCGACGCGGGGAGCCGCCCGGCGCGGGACGCCAGGACUGUGCUCGCGAGAUGCCAAGAGAAAAGGAAGGAAAACAGAAAACCAAAGGAGCACCCGUGCCCGUCGCACAAUCCUGCAGAAGUUCCUGAGAACCUAUGAGAAGCACUGUGCACAGACUCAGACGUCUGUGUGUCCAGCCAUCAAAAGGGACUUGAAAACCAGCAUCAGCAAUGAACAGAUUCUCAGGAAGUUUAUACUUAAAAGACCUGAUGACUCCCCACCAAGCAUCCUGCCAAUUUCCUUGGAACCUUUGCUGAUGACAAUUAGAGACGAGUGUUACACGCUGGGGAAAGAGCUGUGUCUGGAGCCUUCAACUGAGCAACCCAGAGAUGGGCAGGCUAUGAGCUGUACCUCAAUGGCAGUUACUUGCAAUGCUCUGGAGCUCUGGCUCUGCUCAGAGCCAUCGCAGUAUGUGGAGACGCAGGGCAAAGAUGGGCCGGCCACACCCUCGCUUGACACCAGGAAUCCCACCCAGCUACUCCAAGCCAGCCAAAGGGGAAGGUCAACUCUGAACCAGAUUACAGUAAAGUCACCUGGAGCUGUAACAGGGAAAGCUUCUGCAGGGAAGAAGAAGAGGAAAACAGAUAAUGGCAUAGAUGGAAAAGGAAAAGAAGGAGAAAAUGGUUUGCUGGAAUUCACACAGAUUUUAACAUGGUACUAAGUUUUUUGCAAAUUGAAAAUUCAAGACUUAAGUGGAGGAAAUAACUGCAGAUAUGGUGGAAAUAGCAAGAGAACUAGAAUUAGAAGUGGAGCCUGCAGAUGUGACUGAAAAUUGCUGCAAUCUCAUGAUAAAACUGGAACAGAUGAGGAGUUGCAUCUUAAUGGAUGAGCAAAGAAAACGUUUUCUUGAGAUGGAAUCUAUUCCUGGUGAAGAUGCUGUGAAGAUUGUUGAAAUGACAGCAAAGGAUUUAGAAAAUUACAUAAACUUAGUUGAUGAAGCUGCUGAGGGGUUUGAGCGGAUUGACUCCAAUUUUGAAAGAAGUUCUGUGGGUAAAGUGCUUUCACAGCACCUCAUGCUACAGAGAAAUUGCUUGUAAAAGGAAGCGUUGAUCAGUGUGCCAAAAUUCAUUGUUGUCUUAAUUUUUUAAAUUGCCACCACCACCCCCGCCUUCAGAACCAUCACCCUGAUCAGGCAGCAGCCCCCACAUCAAGGCAAGAC